AUGAAUUUCGCCGGCGAUUUCGAUCUUAAGGAAAAGCAGAUACUCGAAGGACACACCGAUAGGGUAUGGAGCCUUGCCUGGAAACCGGCGUCCGGCAUCGAUGGUAUCCCUGCCGUACUUGCUUCUUGUAGCGGCGACAAGACCGUACGAAUUUGGGAACAGAGCCCUGCUACCGGAUCUUUUCAGUGCAAGGCAGUACUGGAGGAGACACACACUAGGACUGUUAGAUCAUGUGCUUGGUCACCAUCUGGCAAAUUGUUAGCGACAGGAAGUUUUGAUGCAACUACUUCUAUUUGGGAACAUGUUGGUGGUGAUUAUGAAUGUGUUUCCACUCUAGAGGGUCAUGAAAAUGAAGUCAAAAGUGUCUCUUGGAACGCAUCUGGCUCGCUGCUUGCAACUUGUGGACGAGAUAAAUCAGUUUGGAUAUGGGAAGUAUUACCUGGUAAUGAGUUUGACUGUGUUUCGGUGUUGCAAGGACAUACACAAGAUGUUAAAAUGGUCCAAUGGCAUCCAUCUGUGGAUAUCCUGUUCUCUUGUAGCUAUGACAACACUAUUAAGAUUUGGGCUGAAGAUGGGGACAACGAUGAUUGGCAUUGUGUUCAAACUUUAGGUGAAUCUGAUAGUGGACAUACAUCUUCGGUCUGGGCUUUAUCUUUUAAUUCGGAUGGAGACAAAAUGGUUACCUGUAGUGAUGAUCGUACUCUUAAGAUAUGGGGUGCUGACAUUAUGAGGAUGCAGUCAGGUGAUGGAAAUGCACCUUGGUCACAUCUUUGUACCCUCUCUGGCUAUCAUGAUCGAACAAUUUUUUCAGUCCAUUGGUCAAGGGAAGGCAUAAUUACCAGUGGAGCAGCUGAUGAUGCUAUCCGUCUAUUUGUGGAGAACAAGGAUUGUUUGGUUGAUGAACCUACAUACAAACUGCUUCUGAAGAAAGACAAGGCUCAUGACAUGGAUGUAAAUUCUGUGAAGUGGAGUUCCAUGGAAAACCGUCUUCUUGCCUCUGCAAGCGAUGAUGGGACGAUCAAGAUAUGGGAAUUGGUGUUCUUACCUGGACACGAUGAACUGCAAUUAUAA